UCUAGAUUUUUAGUGUAACAUUUGAGGUUCUUCAGAAUGUCUUUCCAGACCCAUCUCUCUACUCAUGUCCAUGUAUUUUGUGCUUCACCAUCCAAGUUCCCUGGAAACACCUAGAUGUCAUGUUCCUAAUCAUUGUGCUCACAUUCUAAUCUCUAAGUAGAAAGAGUUUCUCCCAUUUCUCUUCUUCAUGAUCUCCUCUGUUUAAUUUCACCUCCUCUCUAAAACCUUCCUUAGAGUCCCUCACAACUCUUACGUAUCACAUUGUAUCAUCAUUGUAAACUGUCUUUGAAGCAAGAGUUUGUGUUUCCUUGAAUACGGUUGGUACUGCAUAGCAAUUUUUUUUUGAAUUAAUAAAUUACUUAAGGUGGAUAAGAGUAGGAAUUUUACAAACAUUGUUUUUUAUUCUUUGUCAGUCAAAUUAUUAGACAACAUUGUCUUUAAAAUGGAUUUUUUUUAAAGCAGCAGUUCUGGCAUGCAUAUGAAAGAAGUAUGGAAAAAUGAAAGAGAAAAAUGGUCAUCAAAAGGACCUGUGAUUCCACCAAUAUUUGAGAAGGCUGAUUCACUGCCUAUUGAUUUACUACACGUGAAUGAUGACAGAAGCUUAAGUGAAAGAGAUCAGGAUGAUGGCAGGCCUAUAAAGAGAACACCUAAUGAAGAGAACAAGGUCAAAGAGCAAAUUAAUUCUGUGGAUGACUUUGAUGACUUAACUCAGUUACCUGAAACAGCUUCCAAGGAUCGUGAGUUGCUUUCCUCUAAAUCUAUGAAUGCUAUGUUGCUAAUUGAACAACUUGGCACGGAGUGUAAAGGUAGGCCUGUUGUAUACAUAGAAAGCCUUUUUGUGUAUAGUGUAGUAAUACAUACAUAGCUUGUCUAGUACUGUACAUGGACUACAGGUAUGUUAUUGUGCUGUCUGUCUCAGAAAAAUGAUUUACAUAAUGAGUUAUUAUAUGCUCUCAGGCAAAGGGCUGUGAUAAUUCCCACUCACUGCGCUUUUGUGAUUCUCCUUUUCUCCUGGGCCUUCACCCAAGGUCCGGUUAUCAUUUCCCUCCUAGAAUACUGAAGUGCAUGACUUCCGUCACUUCCCUCCUAGAAUAUUUGGGUAACCUGGGAACUUUUUUCCUUGCCACUCCAUCUCCUGAAACCAUAAUUACUGUGUAUUUGGAAA